AUGGCUGAAAGGCUUGUGCGGUUAAUGCAUAACACCAAAGGUGUAGGGUACAUUGUUAAUACAUUACACCAUACACCCGCCAGUACGGUUAAUGCAUUACACUUUCAGCAGCCGUUACGGUUAAUGCACAGUGUUGAGUGGAUGCAUAGCAUAAACCAUUGGUUUAUGCUAUGCACUGAUCCACACGCCGAACUCAAUCUGGUGCUGGAGCAGGCAGGGGUAGGGACGACCGAAACUACUCCUGCCUUGCUCCUGGAGGAGUCUGCGUUGUUUGCGGGGCUUGGACACAUUGUGAACAACGUCAAGACAGCCAGGGCGGCCUGCAAUAAGUGUGGGCGCGCGCAGGCAUAUCUGGACGCCAUCGCUGCCCUCCCGGGCAAACCCGUCGUCCCCUCAACCACCCUCCCCGCACCCGCCCCAGCCACCACGCACCUCACCCACCAGCCCCCCGUCUCCGCCCACCAUCCCCCCGUCUCCACCAUCCCAACCCCCAUCACCACCGCCCAGCCCCCCGUCUCUGCUGCCGCUCCCCCUGUCUCCGCCCCCCAGCCGCCCGUCGCCGCUGCCGCUCCCACCGCCCCUAUCCCCAACCCCCUUGCAUUCACCAGCCUCCUCAACCCCGCCCCAAUCCCCAACCCCAUCCCAAUCUCCGCCCUUCUCAACCCUGCCCCCAUCCCCACCUGCCCCACCCGCGCUGCCGCCAUAGCAGGGGUCGCAGCCGCAGCAGCAGCAGCAGCAGCGCCCACCCCGACGACCGGUGACGAGGAGGAGGGGUAUGACGAGAUGGCGCAGGAGGAGCUGGCCGCGAUUGAAGAGGAGGAGGGGCACUGGAGGGCGUUGGGAAAGCUAGUGAGGGAGACGUGCGGUUCAACAAUACGCCAGGCGAUGAAGGCCCACACCACGCCCCUCUUUGACGCACACCGAGCGCGCCUGGCCGCUGCAAAGCAGAAGGCCGAGGAAGUGCAGGCUUUUACCCCCGCCUCCGACGACGCCGAUGAUGAUGACGAGGAGUAUACGUCGGUGGAGAGCAGCCUCCCACACUCGUACGGGCUCCGAGUUGUGGGAGGAGGAGGAUUAUGCAUUUGCGUGAGGAGCAAAUCGCGAGGCUGCCCCUAUUCCGGGCUGUCUCCAUCGAUCGCGGGAGUUGAGAGCGGAACGUUCCAUGAGAUCGGAAUGCAGAGCAACUACGACGGCGACGGCGACGGCGACUGA